AUGGGCACAACAAGUGCGCGCGUGCUAAUAAUCUUCACACACACAGUGGUUCAGUACAAGAGCAGUGAAAGUGCUAAAGUGGUGUGUGACACUAAAAACCGAAAACAACAACAACAGCGGCAACAUUGCCACUUACUUGCCAAACUGACACACAAAUCGCGUUGAACGUUAAGCGCCGUGUGUGCGUGUGAGUGUAUCUAACGACGGUAAAACCGCGAUUAAUGCCAGUUUUAGACGCGUCUCAGCCGCAAACCGCCGACAUUCACACCAGACGACUUAGCUACUCAGCCAAUAACGGUGGUUGUGGGGUGGUGCGCCGCAUUCACCUGUCACUUUAAAGUUUACUUUCGAUUUGCUGAUUGUUGCGCCAGUCAUUGGAAUUCGACGGAAAUAAGCGACUUAUCCGGAAGAGCAAAUUUUACGUCGCGUUUUAACGGCAACUUCGCGUUUGCGUGUUUGUGAUUGUAAUUUCUGAAAUUCAUUCUUCCUGCCUUGGAAUUUUUUCGUGUUUUUUACGCAGUUGUUUUUUGGUGAAUCACACGUCAAGCGCGAGAAAGUUAGCGAAACGCUUGAGUGGCGUCUCCCCUUCUCCUCGGCAUACGCGCGUGUGUGUGUGCAAGUGCUGCGCGCCUGUUUUUCGUACGAACGCGCGCUUAGCGGGUGUGUGUGCGAAAGUGCAAGCGCAACGGAAGUGUUAAAUCGUAAAUAAAGUGGCAUAGCUUUGCUGGUGGUCUCAACUAGUACGGUGCUACGUACACGGGCGCACCCUCACAGUGGCAACAGCGAUUUGUUUGCAAAGCCUUACGCUUACGCGGGGCAAAGUGAACAUAAUUACGGUUUUGUUUUAAGCCAACAAACAAGUGAACAAAGUGUUUGAGUGCUGUAUUUGCACGCGGAUAAUUUUUGUUGUCGAAAUUGUUGGCAUUUUUGUGAAAUUGCAAGUGAUACCGGUUGCAACCAAUUUGGAAGCAAUUUAAUGGCAAUCGAUAGUGGAAGUUAUGACUUUGAAGAGUUGAUAAACACGGCUACUGCAAUUUCGAAUACACACCCUAGAGGCUAUUAGGCGAAACAUGUAACUACAAAAGCAACGUGCACAAGUUCCCAACGAUUUAGCAGCACAGUCCCCACAGUCCCACAAGUUUAGUACAUUUUGAUUGACCCUGGCACGUAAAAAAAAAUUAUUGGAAAAAUUAUAUACAUAUAUUAUGAAAAGCAAAUCAACGGUAAAUUAGUGUGCGAAGAAGUGUUUUGAAAUUCUUCGUGUAAUUAUUUUAAAUUGCAAUCCCACCCUUAAUUAGAAAACGAAAUUUUUUAAAUCAAAUAUUGUGAAGAUAAUCAACCAACAAUCUUAAUCGACCGCGUCUCAGCUGGUAAAUUAUAUUUUUGAAAAUAUUUGCAAGUGAAUUUCGCACGCAAACGCAUUUGCUUACUCUGCGCUUUGCACCAGUAGCAACGCUAACCAACCAACCAAUCAACCAACGCCCCAUUCCGGCACAACGUCACCACCACCGACCCGCUACCGUAGCAGCAAACUGAAAAUGUAUAACUUUUGGAUAAUCGUUUUAUGUCUAGGAUUAUUAGCAACCAAGCCAAUAAAUGGACAAUCUGAGCUGGAUGUGCAAUUAGUGGUGCCGCGGUAUGUGGAGCGCGGCUCCAGCGCCACGAUGAAAUGCAAGCACAAUGUGCGACCGGAAAUACUUUAUAAGGUGACGUGGCUCAAAGUUGACAAGGGUAAAUUCUUCGAAUUCAUAAAUGGACGGAAUCCGCCAUUCCGGAAUACAUCCAUUGGCGGCGGUGAAAUUGAUUGGGAAAAUUCCAACGAGACGCAGGUGACGUUGAAAAAUGUUGACUUUGAAUUGUCGGGACAAUUCUUCUGCGAGGUUUCAACGGACGCGCCUAUCUACACCGAGGCGUCGGUGGAUGAAUUAUUAUCAGUAUUCUUGCCGCAAACUGGACCGCCCAUAAUAAAAUUCCGGAAGCGAAUGCCAUUUGUCAUCGGCGAAAAGUUAUUUGCUUUAUGCAACACGACACGCGCAUUCCCAGCACCGCACAUCACGUGGCUCAUCAAUGGCAAGAAGGUGGACGAUAAAUAUGUGCGCACGCAUCACGCCUACUCAAUGACCAAUAAAGGUCAUCGACGAACGCAGCAACAACAGCAAAUACAACAGCAAUUGUUGCAACAAAAAUACUACCAACAACAAUACUACAAUCAGCAUCAGCAACAGGAAUAUCAUGUACCAUAUUUGAUCGAUCGAUAUGACAAGAGCUUACGCAGGAGCGGCGGACGACCUGACGAUUUCACUUCGCACAGCUCAUACCAUCAUGAUGGUCAUCAUCAUUCUGCGAACAUUUACAAUAAUCCCUUCAGCUCCUUGGCCAACAUGCACGAAGUUUAUGAUAACCAUGAGAUACAUCAGCGGAACUACGACAAUAAACCGAGGGAAUCGAAGAAGCAUAGAAACUCAUCAAAACAGAAAUAUCGACGGCACAUCAACGAGAAUGCUCUCGGCAUAAUACGCAGCACACUGAAUAGCGGCGGUUUUGGCCCACAGCCGCCUAACCUCAACAACGAGCUCGGCAUACCAGCGAAUGCAGGACCGAUGAGCCAACUGGCCGCCGGCUAUGGACGCCCCAUAUCACAUGCCGGCGGUGGCAUGGGUGUGGCAGCAGCAGCUGCUGCCGUUGCGGCAGCGACUAAAGAGCGUGGCAUGUUCUCGCUUAGCCAACUCAAUAUAGACUUGGAGGAGGCGCAUAACAAUAAUGGACGCAUGGAACUGACGUGCUUGUCCACAAUACCAUCAGCCAUAGGUCAAGGAGAGCAGUUUGCUGAUUACAAGACGUACUCGGUAAAAGUUGAACUCAUGCGAGCGGAAACUUCGUCGACAACAACAACGGCACCCAGCAUAGGGAUGGCAGCAUUAGGGAACGGCGCCUCACAUGCCGCGGAAACAGCGGCGGCGGGACGGCCAACAAUGAGCCUAACAUUCGGCACCCGCUACACAUGGGUCACAGUGGCAACGCUGGCAGCUGUGUUGCAGAUGUUGUGCUAUUGAAGGCGCCAAUAGGAAGCUACAAAGGGCAGCGGCACCGGCCCGCCGCCGUUGAGUGCCACCGCCUUCGGUUUGUGCUGCAGACCUGCGACGGCCCACCGAACCACCGACCGAAGGUAAUGGAAAAUAUAGACAAAAUAAAAGGCCCGCUGUAGCUGCAACUACAACUACAAUUUGACCCAGCUGAUAUGUACCUUUUGAAAAAUAUCCAUCUCCAUUUCUUCAACAAAACGCGAAGCAGAGUACAGAAACAAACAGGCAAAACAAAAGUACACACAUACAUGCAUACACACGCACACUUAGGAACAGCCGUGCAUAUUUAGCAGGUGCAGGCGCAGGGGAGGGGCAGACGAGUGCGCAUAAAAAUAAAAAUGAAACGGUGAAACGUAAAAUGGAAAAAUCAAAAUGCGAAAAGGUGAAGCGGUGAUUGUGUACUUGCACUGUUGUUGUUGUUUUUGUUAAAGGUAAAGGGCCUGGGCGGUGCCGCUGCCGUUGUCAGUGCCGGCUGGCCAAGGAGCUGGGCAGCCGGGCGGCAAACAAUGGAUAAUGACUGCAUGUAAAAAGUAGGAAUUAAAAGUGUAGCAGAAGAAGAAGAAUCAGACGAGGCGGGAGCAGAAGUAGUAUAGCAUAAUAAAUAUAAAAAUAUAUCAAAUUAGAACAAGUAAAGCAGGCAGCUGCUAAAAGGGAAAAGCAACAAAAGACAACUAAAUGCACCGAAAAAAAACAAGAAAGAAAUUGAAAUUUUAACUGAAAAACUUUGUGAACUUUAAAGGGAAAACACACACACAUACACAAACAACAAAUAUAUACGAGUCUAAACUACGAGGCAACCGGAGAACCGGAAAACGAACAGACUAAACUUAAUUGCACAAAAGAAAUGAGGCGAAACGUCCGCCCCACCGGCGACGAGCGACUGACGACUGUGCGCCGAGCACAACAUACAUACAUAUGUAUGUGUAAGUGUAAAUGUAAGUGUUUGUGCUUGUGCUUGUAUUUAGUUGUAUAGGUGUGCAAAACUGUAGGUGUAUAUGUACAUGUGUAAACAACGGCGCAGACUUCGUUGUUGUAGGGGGCGAGGGAACUUUUGAGAAGCUUUGCUUAUUUGCUCGCAAUGUAAGACGAAAUAAAACAAUAAUUUUUCUUUUCUAUGAAAAUUGAAAUACAAAUAAAAAUUCAAGUGAAAAUAAAUGACUAAAAACAAAAAUAGCAAAUUAACAAAAACAAAAACAAGAAAAACAACAGAGUGACGCAACAUAGAGCAUUAGUUGAGCGUAAAGUUUCAAUGAAGAGGAAAAGUUAGCCAUCCGAAAUCUACAGAGCUGUGCUCGAAGUGUGCAUGUGCGGUGUGUUUUUGUAACUUGUAAUAAACAGUAAUAAAAAGGGUAGUCAAAGGAUAAUAAUUUUUUAAAUGCAACCAUUUUACGAAGCACACAUUUGGCGGUAAGCUUCCAAGUCAGUAGUGGAAUUGGCAAAGUUUUUUACCUAGACGAGUAGCAUUUUCAUACAUACACACAUACAUACAUAUAUAUUUAUAUAGUAAAAUACUCGUACGCUAGCAAAAGUGUUGCAAGUUUUGUGUACAUUUUAGCGCAAUGUUGUGGAAAAAAGUAAAUUAAAAGAAUUUUGUGUAUUUGCAACUACUUUCUUCAGAAAUUUGCAGUAUUUAUUUUUUUUUUGUGAAAUUGAGAGCAGUGCUUACAAAUUUGCUUGUGUGUCAUAAAAUAAUUACCGUUGUUAGAUAAUCGAUGUGAAUAAGCCAAGCACAUGUGUGCUUACUUUUAUGAACUUUUUUGUUAAUGUUUAGAUUUUUUCCUUUCCUUUUCAGUGGUUA